ACGUAGAAGAGUCUAUAAGCCAUGAUGUUAGUUAAAUAAAAGAAUUUGAGAUAUUCUCUCUCUCUCUGUCUCUGUUUCUCUUUCUCUCUCACACACACUAACACAUAAACUCUAUCUGUGUAUGCAAAUGAUACUCUCUUUUUGUGGUUGCUUUUUUUGCCCCCUUUUUUGUGCUUACUUUGCAAGAGAAGGGAAAGACAAGCAAGAAGGAUGUGUUUGAACAAAAGUUUUUAACCAAAAAAAUCUCAACUUUUUUUCAAGCAAAAGAAAAACACAUUAAAGAAAGUGAUCCAUUUUUCUGGGGUUGUGAGAGAGAAAAAAAAAAAAAACAAAAACAGAAGAAAAGACAGAAAGCUCAACGUCAGAGUUAGCCGUAAGGUUCUUCUUGGGUUUGUGGUUUUGGACUUGCUGAGGUACACAUUCAGAAUCUCUUCUCUCAUCCACACCCUCUCUCUCUGAUAAACAACAGGGUCUAUAGUUUUGUUCACAUUUGUGUGGAUUAUAUACAUUUAUUUUCCUAAGCAUGGUUUUCAAAACCAUGAAGGAGAAAAAAAGGGAUUGCGGCUAGCUACACCAGCAUCUGCUUCACCUCAUCAACUUCUCUUUAUCAAAACUCACUUGUUUCUUCUGCUCUUUCAUAAAAACAAAACUUUGUCUCUUGGGUCAGUGCCAAACUAGUAACAAGUUUUCUAAUAGUGGUUAUAUAGAGAGACCACUGUCUCUCAACUUUCUUCCUCUUUUUGUUUAGUUCUUUCUUUGCUAGAGAGACUCAUAGACUAUUCCUCAACUGAAUACCAAUUUCCUUUGCUUUUUCAUAUUUCUUGUGUUUUCUUCCUUCUCUUUCCUUUCCGGUCUAAGCUGUGUGGACUGUGCUCUAGCUUUUUCUUUUUUCUUCCCUUUCUAUUUCGGGUAAGAUUUGUCCUUAGAUCCCAGAAAGCUUCGCAGCAUUUGAAAAAUCAAGAUCUAUGGCCUAUAGCACAGCCUUAUAGGUUGCUAAAACUCGCAAGUAUAUAUGGAGAUGAAGGGUUUUGUGUUCAACCAACAACAUCAGCAGCAGCAGCAGCAGCAACAAGUAGUGGAGGAGAACAUGUCAAAUUUGACUUCUGCAUCUGGUGAAGCCAGUGCUUCCUCAGGCAACAGAACUGAAAUUGGAACCAGUUACCCUCAACAAUACUUGCCUCCACCACCAACAACUCAGACUCAGCAGCCACCAAAGAAAAAGAGAAACCUCCCUGGUAACCCAGACCCUGAUGCUGAGGUUAUAGCCUUGUCCCCCAAGAGUCUUCUGGCUACAAAUAGGUUCAUUUGUGAGAUCUGCAACAAAGGAUUUCAAAGGGACCAGAACCUGCAACUUCACAGAAGAGGGCACAAUUUGCCUUGGAAGCUGAAGCAGAGAACGAGCAAAGAGGUGAGGAAGAAGGUGUAUGUGUGUCCAGAAGCAAAUUGUGUGCAUCAUGACCCAUCAAGGGCUCUGGGGGACCUGACUGGGAUCAAGAAGCACUUCUGCAGAAAGCACGGUGAGAAGAAGUGGAAAUGUGACAAGUGCUCCAAGAAAUAUGCAGUUCAAUCAGAUUGGAAAGCCCAUUCCAAAACCUGUGGCACUAGAGAGUACAGAUGUGACUGUGGAACCCUCUUCUCAAGGAGGGACAGUUUCAUAACCCACAGAGCUUUCUGUGAUGCAUUAGCAGAAGAGAGUGCAAGAGCAAUCACUGGCACAGCCAACAACAACCAGCUUCUUCCCCCACAACCUUCUUCUUCUUCCUCUCAUCAUCAUCAUCAGCACCACCACCACACCAACAACAACAACAUGACCCUUCAAACCCAAUUCAACCCUCAGAAUCUCCAUGCUUUCUCAUUGAAAAAAGAGCAGCAAAGUUUCAAUCUUAGGCCAGAAAUGCCCCCUUGGCUGGGCCCACCCUCAGAGAUGUUCUCUCCCUCUCCACACCAAGAAAACCCUAACCCUAGUCUUGGUCCCACUCUUGCUGCCUACCAAACAGUCCCUAACCCUUCCCCACACAUGUCAGCCACAGCAUUGCUGCAGAAAGCAGCUCAGAUGGGUGCAACCAUGAGCAGAAGUGGUUCCUCACCAGCCAUGGCCAGGGCCCACCAUCAGGUUCACAUGACUUCUUCACCAGAUUCUGCCACUGCUCACUUUGGCUUCAACUUGUCCUCACGUGAUCAACACAACACCACCACCACCACUUCAACAACACCAACCACUGUCACGACUAACACUGCUACAGUGUUUAGCCAUGGCUUCUUAUCAUCAUCAUCAUCACCUUUGGGGAAUAAAGCUGCUGCUGCUACUGUGUCUUCUGCUCCUUCCCUUCUUCAUGAUGUUAUCAACUCUUUCUCUUCUCCUUCUGCAUUCCAAGGAACCCCUUUUGAGGAUGCGUUUGGUGGCAUUCAGAGUUCAAAAAAACUUGAUGAUGACGAUAGCUUGUAUCUGCAUGACACCUUCUCCAAAACAAGUGGUGCAGCUGGAAAUGAAGGGUUGACCAGAGAUUUCUUGGGUCUUAGACCUCUCUCUCAUAAUGAUAUUCUCACCAUUGCUGGCAUUGGAAACUGCAUUCAUGAUCAGCAAAACCAAUCUCAAAAGCCAUGGCAAGGUUAGCUAUAGCUACAUCUGGAUUUUCUUCUUCCUUUCAUCGUCUAUAUAAAUAAUUUUUCUCCUUUUUAAUCAGUAUCACUUUUGUUUAAGGUAUUUUCGAUCUUCCCAAAGGGAAUGAACUUUCUGAAUCGAUCCCAAUGUUUUCAUUUCUUUUCUA